AUGAAUUAAACUCAAGCUCAACAUAUAUGGAAAAUAUUUGAUGAUAUGACUGUCUCUGAUCCACAUGCUUAUUAAAAAUUUAUCCAAAAAAACAUUCAAAUUGGAAUACAAGAAAUCUAAAUUGAAAAAUAAGAGAAAAUAAAAGAAUUUCUAUUCUACAACAAUUUGCUUAUUCCAUGA